ACAAAAAACAAGACAUCCCACAUCAGUUGAAUAAGUAACAUCUGCUGAUCAAAAUAAUACAAGAGUGUGUGUCUUCUUCUAUAUGGUGCUCCUUACAAGUUAAUAUCUUUGAGGUCUUGUGGCAUUUGUGCUUUUUCGUGUGUUGUUCUAGUAAAGAUAUACAAGGUGCAAAAAAUGAUAUCAGAUGUUAAAGGAUCUAUAUAUGAUGAGCUUAGAAACGAAGCAGAAUGGUGAGAUUGAAAAAGAGAAAAGAGAAGAUCAUAUGGAGCUAGAAAGAAAGGAGGAUGGUGCAGAUCAUCAUUUGGAUGGCUCAAGGAGGCUGCAGCCAUGGACACAGCAGAUAACGAUUCGUGGAAUUGUGGCAAGCCUUAUUAUAGGGAGCAUUUAUAGUAUUAUAGCCAUGAAACUCAAUCUUACAACUGGUAUGACACCUAAUAUGAACGUCUCGGCUGCACUUCUUGCUUUUGUGUUUAUGAGAACAUGGACAAAGAUGCUCCAAAAAUCCGGGAUAACCUCUGUUCCGUUCACUAGGCACGAGAAUACGAUGAUUCAGACGUGUUCUGUUGCCUGUUACAGCAUUGCCAUUGGAGGUGGAUAUGGUUCUUAUUUGUUGGGUUUGAACAAGAAAACAUAUGAGUUGUCCGGAGGAGCAAGUUCUCCAGGGACUUACAAAGAACCUGGUGUUGGUUGGAUGAUGGGCUAUUCUUUCUUGGUCUGCUUUAUCGGUCUUUUUGUAUUGAUCCCACUCCGAAAGGUUUUGAUUGUUGACUAUAAGUUAGUAUUUCCGAGUGGGAUGGCAACCGCAGUUCUUAUUAAUGGGUUUCACAGUCAGGGAGACGAUAUGGCAAAGCAACAAGUGAGGGGAUUUGCUAAGUACUUUUCAGCAAGUUUUCUAUGGGGAUUGUUCCAGUGGUUCUUUACAGGAAAGGAAGAAGAAUGUGGAUUUGUUCAGUUUCCUACCUUCGGAUUGCAAGCUUGGAAAAACACGUUUUACUUUGACUUUAGCAUGACUUAUGUGGGAACUGGGAUGAUCUGCCCUCACAUUGUGAACUUGUCAUUGAUGUUUGGAGCCAUCGUCUCAUGGGGCAUAAUGUGGCCAUUGAUAGGAAAGAACAAAGGAGACUGGUAUCCUGAUGGUUUACCUGAGAGCAGCAUGAAAAGCCUCAAUGGUUACAAGGCCUUUAUAUCUAUUGCUCUAAUUCUAGGUGACGGGCUAUAUAACUUCACCAAGAUACUAUAUAUAACAUCUAUGAGUGUACAUGGAAGAUUUAAGACCAAGAACCUGAAUCCAGUUGUCCAGAAGAAGGUUAAUGAAGAGGAGCAAAAACAGAAUGAGGUCUUCCUCAGAGAAACUAUACCCAUGUCUAUCGGAGGAAUUGGAUACAUCGUAUUUGCAAUAAUUGCUGUAAUCGCAAUACCUCACAUGUUUCCUGAGGUUAGAUGGUACUAUGUGAUCAUAGCCUACAUUUUUGCUCCAUCUUUGGCCUUCUGCAAUGCAUAUGGAGCUGGUCUUACUGAUAUUAACAUGGCAUACAACUAUGGAAAAAUCGGGCUUUUCAUGAUGGCGGCAAUGGCAGGAAAAGAGGAUGGAGUGGUGGCAGGAAUGGUGGGUUGUGGGCUCGUGAAGUCCGUCGUCUCAGUUUCUUGCAUACUGAUGCAUGACCUGAAAACGGGUCAACUCACUCUGACUUCUCCUAGAACUAUGCUUCUUAGUCAAGCCAUAGGUACAGCCAUAGGAUGCAUGGUGUCUCCUUUGAGCUUCUUUCUAUUUUACAAAGCAUUUGAUAUUGGAAACCCUGACGGUGAAUACAAGGCUCCAUACGCGUUAAUUUACAGAAACUUGGCAAUUCUUGGAGUUCAGGGGUUUUCUGCUUUGCCUAAGCAUUGUAUACAGUUGUGUUAUGGUUUCUUUGCAUUUGCUGUGGCAAUCAACAUGAUUAAAGAUGUGGUACCAAAAAAGAUAGGCAAGUGGAUGCCAUUGCCAAUAUGUAUGGCAGUACCCUUUUUGGUUGGUGGAUAUUUUGCUAUUGAUAUGUGUAUCGGGAGUUUGAUUGUGUUUGUUUGGCACAAGCUUAAUGAUAAGGAGGCUGAUUCAAUGGUUCCUGCAGUUGCUUCAGGUUUGAUCUGUGGUGAAGGUAUGUGGAGCUUACCGGCCUCAGUUCUCGCUUUGGCAAAAAUACGCCCCCCAAUUUGUAUGAAGUUUUUAGCUUCUUAGAUUAGAAUCAAAGUUUGUAUUCAGUUUUGGAAAGAUGCAAUAAUAUAAUCAACCAUAGUUGCUGUGUCGAAAACAGCUCCAAUUGCUUUUGUAUCUAUAUCUAUUUAUAAAACUUCAAAUAUCAUUUA